AUGACAGCUGUGCGCGGCAAACGCGACGGAGGAACCCGGGACACGCAAACGAGACCUGGCAGUCGACCCGAAUAUUAUUGUCGCGAGCUGGUGCACCACUCGGCAGUGUACUUUAUACCACGAGCGCACACACGUAUAGACCGACUCUGUUAUUUGUAUUCUCGUUUUCUUUCGUGCUUGAAAAUAGAGGUGGAGUUAUUGCACCAAUCGCAGGUCAAGGCUGCGGGCAAAAGAAGCCGAGGAAGCGGAAGUAACGACAAUAGUCGUAUAGCGAUUGAUUCCAAGGAUUUGGGACAAACGAAUUUUGUUCUUUGCGACGAUUUGUCCUUCCAUACAUUCGAGUGUGACAACGAUGGAUGAGAAUAAAAGGAUGCAUUUGGAUGCUGGAGACGGGCGAUGUCCUUUGUUGUUUGUAUUUUCUAUUGUAAAAAAUCAAGAUGUAGAUCAAUGAAAUCACGAUGAAGAAGUCAACUAUUGUUUUUUUAUGUUUUACAUCUAAUGAACAAGGCUAUUGUUUUUAUAUCAGAGUUAUGAGUUGAUAAAUAAAUCUUAAGUCUCCAUGA